CGAUAGAAAAUGGGAACACACAAUGUUGCCACCGUUCUUGAAACAUAAUAUCGAAUUCGAUUUUUGUUCCAUCUCUAUCUGUGAAUAAUUCUGCUCUGCAAAUCGACAUGGCCAACACUCCAGCAACCUCCUCCGCCGGACCCGUGCUGCGUGGUCUCCACAACGCCACCAUCAAGCGUAAUCUGGCCAUUUCCCUAGGUCUGACCGCUCUGGUUACCGUCGCCUACAAAAUCCUGGUCAACGAUCCCAAGAAGGCCGCCUAUGCCGACUUCUACUCGAAGUACGAUGCUAACAAGUCCUUUGAGCGCAUGAAGGCUGCCGGUCGUUUCCAGUCCUGCUAGGCUAUUAUAUACCCCAAACCAUAUGUAGUCUAAGUCAAAAGAUGUUCUAGAGAAAGUGUUACGCCUCUGUAUUGAAAACUAAAUAGAUUUCAGUCUACGUA